CACCGACAUUCCUACCUGUCACUUUUCCAUACGAAAAUGCAGCAUCUCCUCUCUUUCUUUCUCUAAAAUACGAACUCCAUGUCUGAUCUCUCUCUAGGAAUCGAACUGCUCUCUCUCUCUCUCUCUCUAAAUUAAGUUACCCAUUUCUGCUUCUGCAGCCCUCUCUUCUCUCUCUCUUAAAAUCUAUCACUCCCUAUUCUCCAUCAGACGCGGAUAAUCUCUCUCUUCCUCUCUCUCUCUCUCUAGAAAUAGGCUAAUUCCCAUGGUCCUGGAUUGUCUAGAGAAAUCGCGACUCUCUCUCUAAAAAUAUGACAUUUGUCUCUGUAAAGAAACUGAAUCACUGUGUUGAAAAACGGUGGAAAGAAUCAGAAUAAUCGCGUCUAACAAGAGGGAGACAAGCUCAAAGACCGGACGGGGCUAGUUUAAGCCAGCCCAAGUGUUUGAUACUGGUUCGAAGGUUUUCGGUUUUUAGGGUUCUUUUUACUGUGGGGGGAGGUUUGCAGAAAUGGCGGCUGACCAUCGUUGUUGCAAGCCUGAUUUCUUCAUAUACAUUGCGGUGGUUGUUUUGCUCGUCUUGUUUGCUGGUUUGAUGUCUGGUCUCACUCUAGGGUUAAUGUCUCUUAGCCUGGUUGAUCUUGAGGUUCUCGCGAAGUCUGGGACGCCUAAGGAUAGGAAGCACGCAGCGAAGAUAUUGCCUGUUGUAAAAAGGCAACACUUGUUGCUUUGCACACUUCUUAUUUGCAAUGCUGCUGCUAUGGAGGCACUCCCAAUAUUUCUUGAUGGUCUUACUUCUGCAUUGGGUGCUGUAUUGAUAUCGGUGACAUUGAUACUUAUGUUUGGUGAGAUCAUACCACAGUCUGUAUGUUCACGCUAUGGUUUAGCAAUUGGGGCAGCAGUAGCACCGAUGGUCAGUGUGCUUGUUUGGAUCUGCUUUCCAGUUGCUUAUCCAAUAAGCAAGCUUUUGGACUAUUUGUUGGGGGAGGGACAUGUUGCACUUUUUCGUAGGGCUGAGUUGAAAGCGCUUGUUGACCUGCACGGGAAUGAGGCUGGAAAAGGUGGAGAACUGACACAUGAUGAGACGACAAUCAUAACGGGAGCCCUUGAGCUUUCAGCGAAAAAGGCCAGAGAUGCAAUGACUCCUAUAUCUGAAACGUUUGCAAUUGAUAUUAAUGCCAAGCUUGAUAUGUACUUGAUGAAGUUGAUACUAGAGAAAGGACAUAGCAGGGUACCUGUCUAUUAUGAUAAACCUACAAACAUAAUUGGGCUUGUCUUGGUGAAAAAUUUGUUAUCUAUACACCCAUCAGAUGAAGUACCUGUUAAAAGUGUAACGAUUCGAAAGAUUCCUCGGGUUCCUGAGAACAUGCCUUUAUAUGAUAUUUUGAAUGAAUUCCAGAAGGGGCACAGUCAUAUGGCUGUUGUUAUUAGGCAAAUUGAGCCAGGUGUGGAUGAGGGUAACAAUCCAGUUGAUGAGUCUGGGAAAGAUGUGAAAAUUGACAUUGGAGAUGCACAAACCCCUAAUAAAAUUAUCAAAAACAAAAGGCCACUGCAAAAAUGGAAGAGUUUUCCUGCCAAUGCUCAAAACUCAAAUAGAGGGACUCCAAGGCCCAAAAAGUGGGCCAGGGAUUCGUUGCAAGAUGUCCUUCGCAUCGAUGAGAGCCCUCUUCCGAAUGUCACUGAACAAGAAGAAGCAGUUGGCAUUAUUACAAUGGAAGAUGUUAUUGAAGAGCUUCUGCAGGAGGAGAUCUUCGAUGAGACUGAUUAUCAUGAGGACUAGUAGUUACAAUAUUCUUUCACAUGGCGCAUUGGGGUGAGUAAUCUGAAUGGUUCCUGUAAUAUACUUGUAUUCUAUACACGUGAGUGCAUCAUUCAAAGUUGCAGAGCGGAGGUUUAUGUCAAGAAUUCGAAAGCCAUAUGCGAUUGGAAUUUUGGUUGCAGUAGGGUAUUAAAGUGAGUGCUGAAGAAACUUGGCUUUUUGAAUCUAGCAUUUGCAAGUUAAUGUGGGUCUACUCUGUCUGUAUCCAUCAUUUCGAUGUACCUUUUGCCCUCAAAAGUGCUGUAUGGAUGAAGACUGGUGCUCUUCUUAUGCAAGUCACUCUCUCUCUCUCUCUCUCUCUCUCUAUUUCUCAACAUUGAAAUUUCUCA